AUGACACCAACCAGCUUUGUUCUGCUGCUUUCAAUCUAUUGGCUCUCUUCCCUGACUUCCGCCUUUGGCACUCAGUUCACACCCUCGGGUGCAGCAGGCCAACGAGAUCAUGCUGCCUUUUCUCGGCUGUUCCGACGGCAGCCUACCGCCAUAAAGAGUGAUCAAACUACAAGUAAUGACGAUCUUGUUAGCGGCGAAAGCAUGGCCGUGUCCAUUGCCGCUGGUGGUGGUUAUCUACCCGAGUCCAUCCCUCAAUUCCCCAAGAGCACCGAAGAGUACAAAUUCAUCAAAAAGUCACUCUUGCAAAAUGUCAUGUUCACGCGACUCCCCGCUGCGACACUAGAUACUCUGAUUCUCGCGUUUGAAAAAAGGACCGCCAACAAGGAGGAUAUCAUUGUCACACAGGGGGAACCAUGCGAGGGGGAUUUCGUAUACUUGGUGGCAGAGGGAGAUUGCACCGUGAUUGUCGAUGGCAAGGUUGUGCCAGAACCCUAUGGCACCUUGAAACCAAAGGCCAUUUUUGGAGAGCUUGGAGUCCUGUACAAUCAAACCCGGGCUGCCACCAUUUGCGCAAAAUCCGAUUCUGUGACCUUGUUUCGAGUCAAUGGCGCCACUUUUAAAGAUAUCCUGAAUCACUACUUUUCGCGUGAUGAUCCCGAAACAUUGUACCUCAUUGAUCAAGCCAUUGAUCAAGUGAGUGGAACCAAAUCUCUCUAUGGGGGCGAUAUCAUAAGACAGUAUCAAUCGAGUCGGUUUUGGUUAUGGAAAAAAUGGACGGGCACCGUCUUUCAACACAAUUGGCGGACGGUGACAUUCAAUAUGGCCAUGUCCUUGCUCUUUAUUGUACUUGUACGACGAUGCACCGACCCGACAUGGAAAAUAGGCCUCACGCCCGAUCACUCCCAUCCCUUCAUUCAACGAUUGGAUAUCAUUCGGAAAAUUUGGGGAUACCAAAUGUCACUGACAACCUUCAUUCUGACAUUCUUUCUCAAUCAAGGCUUUUGGAUGGAGGUGUAUGGGAUUGCCCGAGGCAUUCAAGGGCGCCUCAACGAUUUCCAUUUGCUUCUGGCCACUGCUGCGCGGCGGAAUGCUGAUGGCACACUAACAACCGAAUCCGAAAGGCUCAUCGAUGAUGUGUCUGCUUAUAGUCGACUCUUUCAUAUCCUGUUCUGGGCUUCUUGUGCUCGUCGCUUUGCCGUUUUGCGAACGAACAGGGGGAUGGAACGAAUGGCAAGUCGCGGGUUGAUGACAUCACGGCAGCUCGAGAUUCUGGAGAACUUGGACGUCCCCGACAAUCAAAGACACAACGCUUGCUUAGAAUGGAUGAUGAUUCGUGCCUGGAAGGGGAUUGACGAUGGCACUCUGAGGUCAGAGCCGUCUCUGAGUCAACGGCUCAUGGAUCAAACGUGCCGACUACGUGCCACUUAUGCCACAACGGGGGACAAAUUGAGUUGUCGGAUGCCAUUGCCCUACACACAUCUGGUCCAAAUCCUGGUGGAUAGCUUCAUUGCCUUGUCUCCCGUUGCGUUGUACACUGAAAUGGGGGCAUACAGUAUCUUUUCUGUGGGUGUAUUGACAUUGUUUUACACUGGAUUGUUGGAUCUUGCCAAGGUGUUCCUUGAUCCUCUGGACAACGAAGACUUUACGAAGAACUCGAUUGAUAUGGAUUUGGGAGUCCUCAUACGAGAGUCCAAUGGUGGUUCCACCCGCUGGAAGAACUGUGGAGUCAGUUUGCCAUUUGCUAUGCCUCCGAGACCUCCGCCACCGCCAAAGCCAGCUAGUGCUACCAGCAACGAACCAGAAACAGAGAAAGAAAUCAAAACCGAUUAG